GGGAUUGUUUCUAUCUGAUCGUAGUGGAAAAUGUGACCACUGAAUGAGGGGAUUCAAUUAUCUGGCCCGGUGGGAGGAGUUUGUUUAGGUGUGCGUUCGUUUGCCCCCGACCUCAGUGAUUCAAAGCCCACGGCUCCAAAGAAAAGUGACAUAGCCCAGGCUAGAUCAAACACGUGGGGUAAAGAGUAGGAUUCGGUAUUUUCACAUGCAGAAGUGAUUUAUUUUUAUAAAAACGCUUUAUCUGCAUUCCCAUCCCAGGGUAGCCUAGUGGUUAGAGCAUUCGACUAGUAAACGGAAGGUUGCAAGUUCCAACCCCCGAGCUGACAAGGUACAAAUCUGUCGUUCUGCCCCUGAACAGGCAGUUAACCCACUGUUCCUAGGCCGUCAUUGAAAAUAAGAAUUUGUUCUUAACUGACUUGCCUAGUUAAAUAAAUGUAAAAUAAAUUUUAAAAACUAGUUAGAAAAUUCUAACAUAUAUUUUAUAGACAGGAUAUGUAAAUGUAUAGACCUUGCUGCCUUGUUGGCAACCUUGCAGAAUAUUGUAAGGUUUGAGAAGGGCGCUCCUUCGCCGCUUUUGCUCGUUACGUCACGGGCCAUUGACAGGUGCACCGCGGCUCAGGUUAAUAGAACUCCCUCAUUUUCAUAAACGUCACUUGUUGUUAUCGUUCCACGCAUAUUGACCAAUCGCAAAGCAGCAGUCCGGUCUUUCGAAGGACCCGAUGAGGUCGUGGCUAGUUUUAAACUGUUGAGGCUCGGGAGUCGAUCGACCCCAACAGCGGGGACACUCUGCCUGCUCCAGCCGAAGUAUGGUUCACAUGAUGGGGCUGCUUUCAGUGAGUGUUGUGCCCCUGCGGAACGGGGUGCAGGCUUGGGGCAGAGGCUGCGCCACCAUCCACGCAGCUUUUCGCUACAGUAACUUUAGCUCAUUAUCGAAGUGUUCUGCAUUAAAACGAAUCAAUCCCAUGGGAUUAAAUCAAUGCACUUUCACAUUGGCUCGAUUGCUCAGUUCCAAACCCCCACGAGGAUUUGAGAAGUUCUUCCCAAAGAGUGAGGACACUCCUGGAGUGAACAAGUCAUCUGAAGAGACCGGAGAUGAGAAGACCAAAGAGACAGAAUCUCAGGGCGGAGGAGAAGAGGGACAAAAUGAAAGUGGUGAGAGAGAGAGGAGGAGAGGCGGAAGGAAGGAUGAAUCAGACUGGUGGACACGCUUCCAGAAUGAUUUCCCCUGGGAUGAGAAGACCACGCGCAAUGUCGCGAUCGGAUUCGCCGGCAUGGCCUCUGCGUUCCUGUAUUUCUACUUCCGAGAGACUGGGAAGGAAGUCUCCUGGAAGGACUUUAUAAAUAACUACCUGGCUAGAGGACUGGUGGACCGUCUGGAGGUAGUCAACAAACAGUAUGUCAGAGUCAUCCCAGUGCAUGGAGUCAACACAUCAGAGGUGAGCUACCUGUGGUUCAACAUCGGCAGCGUGGAGACGUUUGAACGCAACCUGGAGCUGGCCCAGCAGGAGAUGGGCCUGGACUCUACACACAGAGUACCGGUGAUCUAUGGAAGCGAGAGCGACGGUACUUUCCUGAUGAGCAUUCUUCCAACCCUCUUGCUGGUUGGCUUCCUGCUCUUCACCAUGCGCCAGGGACCAAUGGCAGGAGGCCGUGGCGGGGGGCGGGGCAACCCCUUCAGCAUGGGGGAAUCCAAGGCCAAGGUCAUGAAGGACAACAUUGAUGUGAGAUUUAAGGAUGUGGCGGGCUGUGAAGAGGCCAAGCUGGAGAUCCUAGAGUUUGUCAACUUCCUGAAGAACCCCCGGCAGUACCAGGACCUGGGGGCCAAGAUUCCCAAGGGUGCAGUGUUGUCGGGUCCCCCCGGCACAGGGAAGACCCUGCUAGCCAAGGCCACAGCCGGAGAGGCCAAUGUCCCCUUCAUCACCGUCAACGGCUCUGAGUUCCAGGAGAUGUUUGUUGGCGUGGGUCCAGCCAGGGUGAGGGAUAUGUUUGCCAUGGCCCGUAAGAACGCUCCCUGCAUCCUGUUCAUCGAUGAGAUAGAUGCCGUGGGCAGGAAGAGAGGCAGAGGGAACUUUGGGGGACAGAGUGAGCAGGAGAACACACUCAACCAGCUGCUAGUGGAGAUGGAUGGGUUCAACACCAGCACUAACGUGGUCGUCUUGGCUGGAACCAACCGACCAGACAUCCUGGACCCAGCACUGAUGAGACCUGGGCGCUUCGACAGACAGAUUUACAUAGGUCCACCAGACAUAAAAGGCAGAGCAUCCAUCUUUCAGGUCCAUCUGAGGCCUCUGAAGCUGGACUCCAGUAUAGACUCUGAAGCUUUGGCCAGGAAACUAGCUGCCCUCACACCUGGCUUCACUGGAGCUGAUAUUGCCAACGUGUGUAAUGAGGCGGCCCUGAUAGCAGCACGCUACCUUAACGAGUCUAUCAUCGUCAAGCACUUUGAGCAGGCCAUCGAGAGGGUCAUCGGAGGUCUGGAGAAGAAGACCCAGGUACUACAGCCAUUAGAGAAGACCACUGUAGCAUACCACGAGGCUGGCCAUGCUGUGGUGGGCUGGUACCUGGAACAUGCUGACCCUCUGCUCAAGGUGUCAAUCAUCCCCCGGGGGAAGGGUUUGGGGUAUGCUCAGUACCUCCCUAAGGAGCAGUACCUCUUCACGCGGGAGCAGCUGUUUGACAGGAUGUGUAUGAUGCUGGGGGGACGUGUGGCAGAGCAGGUCUUUUUUGGGAAGAUCACCACAGGGGCACAGGAUGACCUCCGGAAGGUCACGCAGUCUGCCUACGCACAGGUGGUUCAGUUUGGGAUGAGUGAGGUGGUGGGCCAGGUGUCUUUUGAGCUCCCCAGGCAGGGAGAGAUGUUGAUGGAGAAGCCUUACAGCGAGCCCACGGCCCAGCUCAUAGACCAGGAGGUCCGCUCACUCAUAGACGCUGCCUUCCAACGCACACACCAGCUCAUCACUGAGAAGAGAGAUGUGGUGGAGAAGGUGGGGAGGCGUCUCCUGGAGAAGGAGGUUCUGGACAGGGCUGAUAUGCUGGAGUUGCUGGGUCCUCGCCCCUACAAGGAGAAGUCUACGUAUGAGGAGUUUGUGGAGGGGACGGGGCCCAUGAAGGAGGACACCUCCCUUCCAGAGGGCCUCAAGAACUGGAACAAGGACCGGGGGACGGAAGAGCCUCCCCAGGAGCAGCAACGCAAGCAGGCUCUUUACCUGUAGACAGACACCACGUCUGACCUGGCCCCCACCCAACCAGGCCACUGGAGGAACAUGUUGAGACUUAAUUUGGUGAGGGGAGGGCACUUGACAUGACCCAGACAGACUGAUAUCAAGAGAGGGUGUCAGGUUUAAGAAGGCACCCCUGCACCGUGUCCCUGAUGGCUACAGAUUGAGGGUUGUGGGGUGCAGCAGGGGAUCUGCUCCAACAGCCUAGAUUGUGCCAAUUCUCAUGUAGACUUUUUUUAAAAUCUGUUUGGGAAUGCAAAAAGGUGUUCCUGCAUUUUGGUUUUGCAGGGCAUGAGAUUCAUCAAUCUGUGAAGGAUAUCCACUCCUCCACCAUGCUGUUCAUUUCCUUCCCUGGAGAUUCCCUGCUGCACUAUGUUCCUCCUUUGUCCUGACCACAGUGCAUUCCAGGGCUGGUGUGGUCAUUCUAAGGCCCUAGAGACCAUGGUCGUCACAGGGAACAUAUAUUGUUUUAAUAGUUGUGUAGUAUUCAUUAUUUUACCUUUUUCAUUGUGUGUUGGAUGAGUUUGUCUGACAUGCAACAUUUUUAUGAAUAUAUGAUCAUGUACAUCAGGGAUGGGUGACUGUCGGUGGCCAUUUUGAAAGCCCUUGGAUAAAUCCCCCCCCAACUUACUGUUGUGAGUUAAAAUACACAAGGUGCAAUUUCUACAUUUGGUUGCACAUCCGUUUUUCUGUUAUGUUAGUCAAUUAGCAAUUUUAUUGAUGUAUUUUUAUGAUAUAGGAAUGCAGAUCUGUGAGCAACUGCGGCCCCUCAUGAUGAGUUCAGUUUUUUGUGGACCCCACCCCCAUCAAUACUACCCAUCCCUGAUGUACAUCUCAUUUGAAGUGAGAUGUUUUCUUUUAGAUUUCAUAUUGGAACAUGAAGGGCUAUGUGAGUGUGUGUGUUGCACCAUUGUAAUAAUUUGGUUGGUGCUAAUUUGUCCUCUUUCACACAUGUACAAGUGUAUAUUAAUACCGUGUGUGAUUUGGACAGCCAGGGUCUGCCAUUAUCAACGGCGACCCUGGAGGUAAGUGCCUUGCUCAAGGGCACAUUGACAGAUUUGGUUUUCACCUUGUUGGCUCUGGGUUCUAGCAACCUUUAACUAGCAACCUUUUAAGUUACUGUCCCAACGCUCUAUCCGCUAGGCUACCUGCCGAGCUACGUAUAAUCCUCAACGUUUUUGCUACCUUCUGACCUUAUUGAAUUUCAGCGACGUGUUCAUGUUCCCAUGUCUCUCUUCAGUCAUUGACACUUGUUAACUAAACAGCCAUGUGAUUGCAGAGGGUUUUCAGAAAGCUCAGCAGAAAUCCAGUCCAUGCAGAGCAGACUGUAACACUGGGACAGUAUGACAUUUACAUUGUAUUUUAUCCUCUUUCUGGUUGAGGUUCAAACUGUUAGUAGGCCUAAUUGAAGAAAAACACGUCUUCUGAAUGUCACUUCAGUCUUUUGCAAAAAACAACCGCCACUCCUCUACCUGCCCACUUUUCCCCACAGGAAAACAGCUUCUGACAAGUUUUAUUUCUGAGUACAACUAGUGUACACUACCUCACCUCUUAUGCUCUCUGUGUUGCUAUAAGUCAACUGACAACAGAUGAACUUCACACGUCUUUUGUGAAGUAUUGAGAUACAUACACUACUGUUCAAACAUUUGGGAUCACUUAGAAAUGUCCUUGUUUUUGAAAGAAAAUAACAUUUUUGUCCAUUUAAAUUAACAUAAAAUUGAUCAGAAAUACAGUGUAGACAUUGUUAAUGUUGUAAAUUACUAUU